CUCGACCUAGCACUCAGGUGAAGGUCAGGAGCUCUGAGAGGAUUCUGCUUUGCUGCUGGACACAUCAUCCUUUUCUUUGAAGUAUUCCAGGCACGCAGAAACAAUUGACUGGAGAGGCCAGAGCUGUGGCUGUUGCUAGGGGAUAAACUCACAGUACAGUAAGAGGGAGGCUUGUGAGCAUCGGAGGAGCACAAGGUGAGGCAUGUACAAAAAGUACCGGUGUGAGAAAACCCUGGGCUGGCCAGAGGUCUGAGCAGCAGCUCUACUAUCUCUCAGAGGCUGACUGGCACUUCCCCGGUGCUGAGCAAAUAACCAGCAGAGCAGCAUCUAAAAUUAUAAGAAAAGAGACUUUUUUUCUGGUGGACACGGCUUUGCUUUCCUGCUUCUAACAGAUUUUGCAAAGGAAUGCACUGCAGCCUUCUAUGUGAAAACUACAAAUACAGUGGUGCUACGAUGAAAGAAAAAAAAGUGUUGUUUUCUGGUUCUUUUGGGCCUGAUUGAGAGCAAAAUUGACAACUUAAUGCAAUCAUCUAGAAAAGAGAGCCAAGAAAACGGUCUUCUAGCAGCAGCAGCUUUCGUUUGCAGCAGUCAGCAGUCUGCUUCCAGCUGCAUUAGUAAUGCCCGGCGUGGCAGUCUGCAAAGCCCGGUGAGACAAACCCUUCUCCUACCGUGGCUGCCUCUGGUAAGCACCUUCCAUCAAGGCAUCGCGACGGGUAGAGCACAAAGACACAGCCGAAGCUGGGACCAGAGCUAUGCCUUUAACAGGCACGAUACGCAAGCUGCUCUGCUGCCAGCUUUCGUAGGAGCUUCUGAGAGCAAACCUCGGUGCAGAGGCUGGGGCUCAGCGUGUGAGAGCAGAGAGUUCUGUGCAUUGCACGAACUGUCGUCUCAACUUUGUAAAAGACUUGUGGGUUUAUUUUUUUAUAUUCUUGAACUGUGUGCGAAGAGCCGUUCCAGCCCGUUUGAGCCAUGAGUGGCUGUUCGAAGAGGUGCAAGCAUGGGAUUGUCAAAUUUGCUCAGACUAUUUUCAAGCUCAUCACAGGCACCCUCAGCAAAGAUAAAAUUGAAGAUGAAUUAGAAAUGACUACAGUGUGCCAUAGACCCGAAGGGCUCGAACAGCUUGAAGCACAAACCAAUUUCACUAAAAGAGAACUUCAAGUGCUUUACAGAGGAUUUAAAAACGAGUGUCCUAGUGGGGUUGUUAAUGAAGAAACAUUCAAACAGAUCUAUGCACAGUUUUUCCCUCAUGGAGAUGCUAGCAUGUAUGCACAUUAUCUCUUCAAUGCAUUUGACACUGCACAAAAUGGCUCAGUGAAAUUUGAGGAUUUUGUGAUGGCCUUGUCCAUUCUGUUGCGGGGAACAGUUCACGAGAAGCUAAGAUGGACGUUUAACCUCUACGACAUCAAUAAGGAUGGCUACAUAAACAAGGAGGAAAUGAUGGACAUUGUAAAGGCCAUUUAUGACAUGAUGGGAAAGUACACGUAUCCAGUGCUCAAGGAAGAUGCACCACGGCAGCAUGUAGAAGUAUUCUUCCAGAAAAUGGAUAAGAACAAAGAUGGAGUUGUAACUUUAGAUGAGUUUAUCGAAUCAUGUCAGGAGGACGACAACAUCAUGAGAUCCUUACAGCUCUUCGAGAACGUGAUGUAGCCUUGCCUGGUGAGCACUGAAGGAGUCAGAGACUUUGGGUGUGACAAAGAUCUCCUUUCUGGGUGAAAGCUUUUUACAAUUCAGCCAUGUUCAGCGUGUGAGGAUUUUGUAUGACAUCUCCAACCAAAUGGCAACCGAAUGCAACCGACCCCACCUCUGCUCGCCGAGAGAUGCCGGUGGACCUUUGUUUCAUUUUGGAAGCAUGUGAAUAUUUUAAUAAAUCCUGAUGAGGGAGAACUGCUGCUCGAAGAUCAAUGAGUAAUAUAGAGCAUUGUUUGCUAGGCACAAGUUCUGCUUUUAAUCCAGCAAGCUUGACUACAUAUGAUCGCACAUGUCGAUAGCUUACUCAGCCAUCUAUUGCAAGUGAAAAGCUCAGCCUGUGCUCCCGCACGGCAAAACGCUUUAUGAAUGCAUUGCCAUUUAAUCUGCUUCGACAGAAGUCAAACCUGCCAGGGCAGUCUGUAAGAAAUGAACAGAGAAUGUACCUGGGAUGCAAAGCAGACAGCCCAUGUAGCCAAUAUCUGCAUUUCUGCAGAAAUCCUGCUUCUCCUCUCACAUGCACUGGUGUCACCAUGCUGCGUUUGGUGGAGUUAUUCCUGAACGCAUUAAACGGAGGAUCUUUGUGCCAGAGGGAGCCAGAAAGGAGCAAAAUCUCUGCUGCACAUGUAACUAUCAAACAAUAAAACAAGUCCUCUUCAGUGGUGGCAAGGUCUUGCAAGACCAGGCAGGUUUAUAAGGGCUGGUUCAGGAAGAUGAAUGCUUGCUCUGGUCUCAGCCACCUUCUGCAGCCCCAGCAUGUGGCAGGACACCAAGUGGUUCUCCAGUGUGCAUCUCAGCAGCACCAUAGUCAUGUGCUGUGGUCUUUUUGAUGUGGUUUGGCACACACUUCCUAGAUUCAUCAUUUGUAUUUUUCCACUGGAUGCUACAGUAAAGUGUUGCCCACUUUAUGAAUUUGUUUAAUCUUUCCAGUUUUACUUAGUGCAGGAAAGGGCCCAGAUGAUGCAGCUGUGUAUCCACACACAGACCCUGGCACUGAUAAAGGGCCCUGUAAGUGUAAUUGGGAGCCAUUUAGUUGUUGUUAGCCUCAGAAUCAGUAGCCAAGUGCACACCUCCCUUUGGGGAGUUUAACAAUUUCUACAGUGAAAUAUUUCUUCCUACAAGGCAGUUGCAUGGCUUGUGCAAGUCCCAUCUUCCUACUAACGCCAAAAAGAGCAUUGAUUUGAGGGUUUGGAGUUUUUAAUUAGUAAAAGAGAAAGAAUCACAUAGUGAAUUUACACCAAGGCUGGAUUUUGCCCAGUAGAUUUAUUUGGCAGCUAAGGAACAUACCAGAGCCUGCUUUGCAAAAGACCUUUAAGAAAGCUAAUGCACCAGAGUGCUGGUGCAGUCUCCAGGCAGCUGGUGGCUGAGAAACCAAGGGAAGGAGGGAAGAGCCAACUUUCCUAGCCUCUCAAACCACACUGAAAGGAGAGUGUCUGCCAUAGUGCUACAUUGCUUACAUCCAGCAUAUAUUUUUAUUAUAUCAGAUAGUAUAUUGCAAAUAAAUGUUAGCAGUGAAGAUAUAUUUUAAAAAUGAUCUAAGUGGAAGCUUUUUAUAAUACAAAGUAUCUAGAAUGCCUCAUUUCUGUAGCCCUAUAUUUUAUAAAAAUUAAUCUAUUGAAGUAUUGCUGAGUGUAGAAGUAGGUCUGAUCAGUAUUAGUGUAAUGCUAUGCUAAUUCCCCAGGAUGGGACAUUUUCCCUGUUUCUCAUCCAUGCACUUCUGUGUAGUCUGAACUUGAUUUCUUUCAGUUGUCCACCUAUCAUCAAAAGCAGUAUUCAAGUGAGGGAAGUUACAUGUUCAAGGGAGUAACACUUGCCUUCUUUGUUGUCUUUCAUGCACAUACUAUUAAUCGGUCCCUCCCUAGCAGUGAUCCAGAGCAUGGCAGCUCCAAUAACGUGCUGUGUUUUCCAGAAGUGAUGCAGUGCUGUGUGAGUAGCCUUGUCCUCCAGUUGUCCAGUAGUGUCUGUUUAGUUCUUAUUAAUAGGCACUUGAUAAAGAUGUCAGUCAUAGGUGAAAUUACACGCCAUGUUUACACUGUCCCUUGUUGAUUCUUCUUGCAAUCACAUUAGCAAAUGGCAGAAUUUAAUGUGAUAAACAACCUGCCUUUUUUUUCCUCACAACAGAAGACCAUCUGUCUAUUAUCAGUCCAAGCAGUGAAGUUCAGCUGAGGGAAAAGUGGUCAGGAUGGUGGUAAAUGAGCAUUUGCACUGGGCUGGCACAGUGCCUUUCUCCUCUAGCAGAGCUGCUCCAAAUGUGUCCAUGAGCUGGCACACACAGCCUGAGUGGUUUAGAAUGGGCCCUUUCAGAAGGAAACCUUACAAGUUCCAUGAUACUAUGGUCCCUGAAGCUGAAGGAGUUUCUGGAGUCACCGUGCUGAGUCUGGCCUCAGCUACUGUGUGUCUCCACUAGCAGAAGAACCAUAGGGAUGACACAGGGCGGGUGCCUGUGUUCUAGGGGUUGUAGCUGCUUUCUGUUGAGCGUAGCCCCAGUUUGGCAACGUACUUCAAGCCUGCGUUUGGAUGUUACUGUUAGCAUGUGGUUACAUGUUUGCUAAAACUAGGUAGCCAUUUGUGGCCCUGCAAGUUUUGGCAUCUCCUGUUCUGCUCCACUGCUGCAGUUUUAAGCUCCCAGUACUGAUGGGGAUGCUUUAAGCAGAGAGGGAGAUGCUGAGAGCCUCACUGUUGUGAUUCUACCCUCGAGGCUUUGAUUUUGUCCUCAUAGGAGUCAAGCCCCCACCUGCAUACACCUGAUGUGCUCAGCCCUGGGUUGCUGCCUCUCUUCCACUUGAAGCUGGUUGAGGCUGAGACAGGAGGGUUUGCAAAGUGGUGUACAAUAGUUGCAUUCUCCCGUAGCCCUGACUGUACAUUCUGUCUGUGGCAGAGUCACUGCCAUUGUCGAGCCAUUUUUUAUCCCGUUUGUCUCCUAACCUCCCCCCACCCCCACCCUGAUAUCAGUCAGAAGCUAGUGGACAUCAGCACAGAGAAGGCCUCUGGGUUUUGCACGAGCAGCACAUGUAAUGGCAUGUGUGAGCCAACAGAUGAGAGAUCCAGUGACUGUGAGAGAGUUGUACUCUGCAUGGAAAUGUCUUUGGGUUUGUUUUUUAAUGUUUUCUGUGAAUGUUCCUCUGUAAACUUGCAAAGCCUCCCAUUGCUCAUAAAUGGGGCUUGAAAUAUUUAUGGUGAAUACAACUACAGCUUUCUAAAUAAAACAUAGUCUGCUGUUCUAAUCUCAUGCCAUCAUAAAUCCUGCUGCCAGGAUGUGGAAGGUAGUUGCUGUGGCGGCAUCUAAGUUACAGUUAGACUAUCUGUCAGUGCUAUCGGCUGUGCAAAUUUUCCCCGAGAUGUGAAUGUUUAAAUAAUGUCUGAAUCAUUUGUCUGGCCCUUUCAUCAGUUACAAACAUUAGUCUGCAUCCUCCUGCCAGCAUUUUCUUUAAAACAAAACCACCAAACCUUUCCAACAUGCUUUUUAGGCAACAAUCUGCUGAAAAAUAGGAACGUGAUUAAUGAUAAUGCAAAAAAGAUGUAAUGUGCCUCUUACCAUCAGCAUUUGUUUCUCUGUUACUCUGAAUGAGUAACCACCAGCCAGGCUGUAGCCCUGAGGGGCAAGCAUUGUGGGCAGAAAUCUGGCAUAGCCUGACUGCCACAGGUGUUGAGAACAAACAUCUUUAUGCCCAUGUGUGACCUCUGAGAAGACGGUAGCAGCAGCGUAAGAACCUUUUAUGCGGAUAUUCUUCAUGGAAGCACCACGAAAUGUGAUAACUAAAGCCAUGUUAAUGGAGGAGCAAGGCAUAGCUUCACCCUUACAAAUGCUAUUCUCCAGCAGCCCUUUGUAUUACAUUUUGUUGAAUGGUUUCAGAAUGUUGGUUUUAACAAUAAAAAGCCAAUACCUGUA